GGACGCGAUCCACGACGAUGUCUUUGCCCGUAAUCAACAUCAACAUUAGCUACGACGAUGAACGAGAAAAGAUACAGGACUUUCUGUCCAAUUUCGUCAGUCCAGAGAAGGACCUCGACAGACGCUUCGCCGAUAUUGGUAUAAGUGACGCCGAAGAUGAAGAUCAAUCAUCUCGAGGUAGAACAAUGAAGUACAUGGAUCAACUUCAAAGAAUAGCGAACAGAGAACAACAAAUGCUUACCAUUGACCUCGAGGACAUUUCUCAGCACGAGAAAAACGUCGCAGAACUAGUGGCCCGUAUUAUAAACAACGGACGCCGUUAUGUUAUGUUGUUCAGUGAAGUCGUGGACAAGCUCAUGCCACUCCCUACAAAGGAUAUUAGUGACCAAGAUGAAGUUAUCGAUGUUAUUCUGCAUCAAAGGCGGGAGAGGAAUGAGCAGACAGAGGGUACACAAGAUGGCUUCCCGAAGCAUCUUCUCAGGCGAUACAACCUAUAUUUCCAGCCUUUACGCUCUGAUAUAGCCAUGGCUGUUCGCGAUGUCAAAGGUGUCAACCUGGGAAAAGUCAUCACUGUUCGUGGAAUCGUUACUCGUGUUUCAGAAGUCAAGCCGCUACUUCUCGUAAAUGCUUAUACAUGCGAUGUUUGCGGCUCCGAAACUUUUCAAGAUAUAUCCAACAAAUCAUUCACUCCUAUCGCUGAUUGUCAAAAUGAGUCUGAAUGCAAGAAAAACAACAUCCGAGGGUCUCUUCACAUGCAAACCCGUGCGUGUCGGUUUAGCCCAUUCCAGGAGGUGAAAAUCCAGGAAAUGGCCGAUCAAGUACCUGUCGGACAUAUACCACGUUCUAUGACUGUGCACGUUCACGGUAACCUCACACGCAUGAUGAAUCCCGGGGACGUUGUGCAUCUCGGCGGCAUUUUUCUCCCCAUUCCAUACACUGGUUUCCAAGCUAUCCGUGCUGGUCUGCUUACCGAUACCUAUCUGGAGGUACACCACAUUAACCAACUCAAGAAACAAUAUAGCGAUAUGGAAGUAACCCCGCAAAUCCAGCGAGACAUUGAUGAAUUGAAGGUAGAUCCUUCGCUUUAUAACAAGCUUGCACAAAGCAUUGCCCCCGAAAUAUACGGUCAUAUGGAUGUCAAAAAAGCGUUACUACUGCUUCUUGUGGGCGGUGUUACUAAAACAAUGGGAGAUGGAAUGAAGAUCCGAGGUGACUUGAAUGUCUGUCUCAUGGGUGACCCUGGUGUUGCCAAAUCUCAAUUGCUCAAAUACAUCUCGAAAAUCGCACCCAGAGGAGUAUAUACCACCGGUAAAGGUUCUUCAGGGGUUGGUUUGACCGCAGCAGUCAUGCGUGAUCCUGUCACGGACGAGAUGGUAUUAGAGGGAGGUGCUCUCGUCCUGGCCGAUAACGGAAUCUGUUGUAUUGAUGAAUUCGAUAAAAUGGAGGAGUCAGACCGAACUGCAAUUCAUGAAGUAAUGGAGCAACAGACUAUCUCAAUCUCCAAAGCUGGUAUCUCUACCACUUUGAAUGCUAGGACCUCCAUUCUUGCUGCCGCUAAUCCUUUAUAUGGUCGUUACAAUCCGAAGGUCUCUCCAGUAGACAAUAUCAACCUUCCAGCUGCUUUACUGUCACGUUUCGACCUUCUCUUCCUUAUACUCGAUAAGCCAAAUAGAGACGAUGACGAACGGCUUGCCCAGCAUGUUACAUACGUGCAUAUGUAUAACACGCACCCCAAGUUGGAAUAUGAGCCAGUGGACCCGUUGCUUAUGAGGCAUUAUAUUGCACAAGCGCGACAAAGGCGACCCACCGUACCACCCCAGGUCUCUAGCUAUAUCGUUGACUCGUAUGUUCGUCUCCGUAAACUUUCCAAAGACGAGGAAGAACAGAAGAAAUCACAUUCCUACACUUCUGCACGGACGUUACUCGGAGUUUUGCGUCUUGCCCAAGCCCUUGCUCGCUUGCGGUUCUCAGAUAGCGUUGAGCAUGCAGACGUAGAUGAGGCCUUGCGGUUAAUGGAGUGCAGCAAAGAGAGUCUAAAUGACGAGGAAGACAAGGAAUACGAACCGGAUAGGUCUGCAGUCAGUCAAAUAUUCCGGCUCAUCAAAGGUAUGGCUCGCAGAGGUGGGCGGAAGCCGAAGAGGCAGAGACGAUUGGGGAAAGGGCCCGGUGGUCAACGUGAUAGGUAUGACGAUUCGGAUGAUGACGAAAAUAGCGACGAACUCCCACUCAUUGAUAUCCGCUCCCGCAUUUUGGGAGCCGGAUACACGGAGGCCCAACUACACGAGACCAUUGUAGAGUAUGAGGCUCUAGAUGUCUGGAUACGUGUAGCAAAUGGCGCAAAAAUUCGUUUCAUGGACAAUGUUUCAUAAAACCUUUCAUAAAUGCUGUCGAUAUCUUGUUGAAUGUACCUGUAGCUUCUUGUGGUAUAUAUUAUGUAGUGCAUAAAUACAAUGUUCUCCGAAUAAAUGGAAUGGAACAACUAAAGUUCACUGUGUUUGUGAUGCAUGUUCCCAGCUUCCAUCCCCACUACCGCUACUAGUAGAUCUGCCAUCGAGACUAUGCCGCUCAGAAACGUGGUCCGCUAAGCGGUCUUCUUCAGGAUCGUCCCUAUACAACGGCGCAGGGCCAGCAGUAGACGGUUCAUCAUCAUCCAAAAAUCCAGAAUGGAACUCUAGUGCUCCUGGAUGAUCUGGAGACCGACUAGGCCUCAGCCCAGUUUCCUCAUCAGCAUCCUCAUCAUCUGAAACCUCCCCGAAUGCAUCGUACAACUCCUUGGUGCGGGGUCUUCCAGCGUUAGAUGGACCACUCUGGGACAUGGAGCCCAUAGCAACGUCCUCGUCGUUCCGGAGGGAUGAAUAUCGAGCUCUUCGACGAACUAGCCUGCGCCUCCAGAAGAAUACACCAGCGCUUAUACCGAAUAGUACAACGGCUCCAAUGGCACCAAAGAACCACUUCUGGCCUGAUACGAGGCUGGACAUGUCAGCAAACCAGCCUUCGUCGGGGGUAGGCGUCAUAGUGGCACUGGCGGUCGACUCUGCAGCGUCGUCUUGCCCUCCGG